GCCGGCAGGAUCUACAUUCCCAGCACCAACAACUAGGUGUCAAGGGCAGAGAGCGAGGGAGAGAGGCAAGCCAUCCAACUCAUCCAAUAGUUCACUCCCAGCAACAAUCUAAUGAGCUUGAUCUGUCCAUGUUCUUGUUCCCUGUCACUAUCGGUUAUUCUUGUUGCAACAUACAACAACUAUCCCAUUUGCCACAAGCAAUAAUAACAAGACUCGGCGCAGAAUAAAACUCUAAAAAGCUAGACAAGCCCAAGGCGAGACGUCAUUGUCCGCCAAACUACACCACCCACCAUCGCGCCAGUCAACGCCAAAGCCAACGUUACCACGCCAAAACUCUCUCUCAUACUUAGCGUCAAUCUUGUACCGAUCUGUUCAAUGGGCACAUGGUUGCAGAGCCUCAUGAUUCAAGAAUCAGCACGGUUGAACAUUCUAGCUCGGGUCUGACAGCCCCCUUGGCCUUAGUCUGGGACUAUUCGCCUCGAAUUCAAGGGUUCACGAGGUCCCUGUCCCUGGCAUCGAAGCCUGAAAGACUCAUCUCCGCCAAAUCUACUCCGUAAACCAGAACGCUUCAUAGAUACGUACCUCAACAUCCCGCUCUGGUAUCAACGACUACCCCAGUGGACCCGUUCGCAGCCCAAGGCCCGAGCCCGAGCCUGAGCCUGAGCUUGAGCCUAAGCCUGGGAUCAAGGUUGUUUGUUGAUGCGGUUAGGUUUGGGUAUCUGAGUUUUCGGGCUCGAGUUCUCGUCGGUUGUCCCCGUUGUUGCUCUCCAAGAGCCCAAAUACUCAGAGGUUCCAUCACUCAAUUGAGUUAGGAAGCCCGGUGAAAAGCCGAGGAAGGCUAAGCAAGUGCCACUGAAACUCGGCUCAGACACGGCGGGAUAUUGGAUAUUCUUGAGGUACCUACAAGUCAAUGUCUGGUGUUGUCGAGAUGAUAAAAUGUAGAUGCUGUGAAAAAGAAACUGUCUAAUUAUUGCGCUAUUAGGAAGAGGUCCAUACGGUUACAAAAAGGCCGAACCGGGUAAACAACAACCCUCAAGUCAGUUCGAUAGCCUUGACUACCUAGGCAUGGAGGAUUGAAGCGUCGGACCCUACCUGUCCUGCUCUUGGUGCUGACAAUUGCAUCCCGGCGGGGGACUCGCUCUCUGGCUCUUACCGAGAUCAUUACAUACACAUGGUCUGUUCUGAAGACAACGAUUGCAUGGGAACUUUGACUGUCGGCUGCUUCAACCCAGUCUACGUUUACAGCUUGCAGUCUCCGUUCUCCACGCCGCUACAUCGAUCGUCAUCGGUACUCCCACAGCCCUCUACUAAUAAGUUACUGAUCAGGGGUUGCUGGCAGCUAGUUGCUCUACCCAUAACGCAGUGCAAUAGUCUGCUAUUUUUCUCAGCGCCUUGAGGUGUCGAGGGUCUGUUCCGGAAGACUGAUAGGCCUCGACUCUCGCAAAACACCAUCAACCGGCUCUUUCCCCAUCUUCUUCCUUCUUCCUUCUUCCUUCUCCCUGCAACUCUUCCCAAUCUCACCAUAAUUCUUGGUCCUCUCUGGUAUUGCCCCUCACCCCACCUUAACCACCUUUUUGGUGGUGGACCCUCGUACAAGAGAGAGCACACGCAGAGCAGAACAAAGAAGGGUUGGCUUUCAAGACGCCUUGUUAGCCCGAUUGUAUUCUCCCUCGACUCUGUUCUUAGCAGCAUUUACGACUUGUAAGUGUCUACUGGAAGAUCCCACUUUCGUACUUUAAAUUUGUUGACCGACUGCUCGAAUUAGCCCCAACCAUUCAGUACACUAAAGAUAGUCCUCACGAACUGGCUUCUUUAUUAUACACGCCUGAGUCUCAUUUUACCUUUCAAUCGGCCUACUGAGGUGCGAGCGAAUUCAAUUGCAGUCUCGGCUUUGUUCUACCAGAGAAUUACCCUCGCUGCUCUCUAUUUUCAAUUACAUCCUCGCAACGCAGUGUUACUGUUAACUCUGCGUCAUCUCAAUCAGUAUCAUCCGAUCUAAACGCCACCACUCCAAGCGGAAGCGCAUCGAUAAUAACAAAAAAGAAAAAAAAAAAAAGAAGAAGAAAAAAAUAUUCCUUGUCAAGUUCUCGACCUAGCCAGACAUUUUGUUUGGCCGCAAAACGAAUCCUGGGUCUUCGUCACUAUAUCAGACAUUACCCUACCUGACCCUGCUAUUUGCUCCCUGGUCCACGCUGACAAGGACUGACCAAGUUCGACCCCUCCUCACGUGGCCUUGGCUUCAAAGUAUAUGGUUGAUUGCCGUCAUCCUGCACCACAGAACGAUACGCCACGGCUGCCUCCACCCAGUCCAACGUCUGGCGUCCCAACGCUACCGCUUUUCUCCACGGCAUCGCCCUUUGUCCAACGUUUCUCACGACUCGCCUCCGAUUUCGUACCUUUGAAGUUUCUCUCGCAGCUGGCUCACAACAACACACAUAAUUCGACAGCUCGGCAAUCAAGUAGGCUUCGCAAUCCUGUGUAGCCCCACGUCAUCAUGACGGACCGUCAUCGCUAUCCGUCCUCGGGACGAGCGGCCACCUUUGCAAACCAUGCGAGAACUUCUCUGCCAUCAAGCAUUGGCUACACUUCUUUGUACGCUGGUGACAUGCACGUCAUGCCAACUUCGACCCGACAGCAGCCCAUUUCGACGACACCACGAGGAUAUGUUACAACUACUUCUACAACACCAACCCCGAACACCACCACCCGGACGUACGCCGUUACUCAGGAUCCUCGUUCACACAGACCGACUACACGGGAUGUCACACGUUCCCAGCGGUCCUCCACACUAGACUCUACUAGUCGACCCCCAGUAAUUGUCAUGACCACCCAGAAGGACCGCGCCAACGGUACGAGUUCUCAUUCUUCCAAUGCUCGCCCCGGAAGUCCCUUGCGGGAUGACUACCGCUCGAGCGAUGGGCAGUUUUAUACACAACCUGCCUCAUCUAUACGUUCACACAGCACAGCCCGCUCCUAUGCCGAUCAGCCAGGAAACGACACUUAUGCUCGCAACAGCAGAGACCGUAGCAACAGCUUGGUACGCGACGACCCCUACCGCAACAGUCGCCAUUCUGCUAUAUACCAGAAUAAUCCCCGCCAGAGCUCUAGUAAUAUCGACUAUGGGGAUGACGGUUAUCAGUACACUAAUGCCGGUGAACUGGUUCGCUACGACCUCGAUCAUUCAGGCCCUGCGAGGACUCGCAGACGUGAGAGUUUCGACCGUAGCUACUACCGCCCGAAUAUCAACUACAACGCGGAUCAGCGAACGUUCAACGUGGAUACCAGCCCAGACUUGAGUCGCAACUACAUAACUACAAGCACAACCAGCGUCCCAAACAAUCGGCAAUACGAUAACCGGGGCGGUCCUCCACCAAGUACACGAGGGUUUGACAAGAUUCGAGGGUACGAAAGCCCACGGGAUUUUGUUCCGAUGCCCUCUAAGACCCCCGAACCGACCUCGGUAAAACAGGACACUCCCCUUGUUGCGACUACGGAAACCACAAGACGGCCUCGGCCAGUGUCAUUGUAUCAAGAGGGACCACCCCGUUCUUCGCAUCACGAUGAUUACUAUCGGAGCCGAGAAGACGAAAGAAAAAUGCGAGAAUUUCGUGAUCAGCCAGAAUCCGAGCAUACUUAUGAGCCCGAGCGCGCAUACGAGGCACCAUACUUUCAAGAUGACAGAGUUACUUCCCGUGGCUUCGGCAUCCGAACUGACACUGCUGAUGAACACGAUGAUCGCCGUGAACGUCGCCCGGAACAACCAAAAAAGCGAUCAGAUGAAGACUUGCCACGUGAUGCUGAUUAUGAACGCGAUGAUCGACGCCGAGGCCGGCUUGAUUCCAAAGACACUCGCCGUGAGAGACGUGAGAGUAAGAAAGGGAGCGAUGAUGACGAGAAGGAGCGUACUCGGUUCCGUGACAAGGUGGCCACUGGCCUGGGUAUUGCUGCGACUGCUGUAGGCCUUGUGCCUGCCGUCAAAGACGACGACAAACGCGACAAAGAUCUCGGCAGACGUAAAGGCUCUGAUGACGAGCGCGAACGUGAACGUGAAAGAGACCGAGAUCGUGACAGGCGGCGAGAUUCGAUGAAAAGCGAACGCCCAAGAAUCUUGGAGCGAGAUCUAUCGCGACAGCGUGAUCAAUCAAGGCAGCGUGACCAGGAUCGUGAUUCCAGAGAGGCCAGUCGUCGAAACGGGGAGUCUCGUAAGAGCACUGAAGCCGUUAUCUCGUCAUCUGAUUCAGACGAAGCCAAAAAGUCCACUCGGAGACGUCGCGAUUCAAAUGCCUUCAAUCCGAAUGAUACUUCUGAACUGCGGCAUCUCAAGGACCAACUGGCAGCCUUGAAGACCACUGACAAAGAGAAGGAGAAGGAAACCCCGGUCGUGGUCGAAAAUAAGUCACGGUCCUCUUCACCUACUCGAGAAACAAGAACAGCAACAGAAGCUCGUCCAUUCAAAGACUCCUGGUCACCACCCGAUUCCAAGCCAUCUGGUCCUCCUGAAGAAGAAUCCCGUGGCCGCGAAUCCCAGCAGACCCCUCCGGACGACAAACAAGUCCGUGUAGUAUCGCCUCCUCGCGAUAAAAAGGAUGAGAAGCCUCUCAAGGGUAUCUUGAAACAGCCAAAGGUUAGCUUUCCAGAAGAGCCGAAUCCCAUUCGUGAAGGGGUUGCACCUCACAAGGAAGACAAGAAAGCCAGAGAAGCACCUGCAGGUGCAAAAUGGACCAAGAUCAGCCGUAAGAUUGUUAACCCUGAGGCUUUGACCAUUGGCAAAGAGAGGUUCGAGGUCAGAGAUGACUUUGUCAUAGUACUACGAGUACUUAGCAAAGAGGAAAUUCAGGCGUAUGCCUCAGCGACACAAGUCUUGAGAGAGAGACGUCGCCGCGACGAUGACGGUGGUGAUACGGAUCGGGAUCGUGACCGUGACGAGGAUGACAGGAGAAGACAUCAUCGUCAUCGCCGCCAUCGGGACGAUGACUCUUCAGACUACGAAGACAAGGACCGUGACCGUGACCGUGACCGCGAACGACGCAGGCGUCACCGAGAUGAGGAAGAAUAUGACACCCGGUCAAGGGAUUUGGACCAUCAUCACCACCACCACCACCGAGCUCAGCGAGAACGCGAGCCUGUGCUUGAGGCUUAGUGAGAGAAAGAGUGUUGAAAUCACCAUACCACUAUGGCUGAAUGUUUUGAUCGAGUAUUUAAGCGUUGCAUCGAAUGACUCUAAUGGUAGGGUUUUUUUCUUUCUUCUUUUUCUUUUAUCGGAUAUAUAUUGAGCGUUACCACAUAUCACACAUCAAGCAUAAAAACCGGGCGAUUUAGCGACGCAUUCUGGAUAUACAAACAUAAAAUAAAAUACAUUCUGGUUCAGAUUGUUCCUGCAUUAUUUGGCACCCGUCCGCCCCAUAUGAUUACAUAGUUCUGGGUGAAGAAACAGAGUUUCAACAGUCGACUCGCAAAUUUCUCAGAUCUCGGCCUAGAGGAUCUCGUUGGAACGGCACGAGACUAUCUUCAAGUUUGAAGACUGGAGAAGAGGGCUAGUGAAGGUACGUCACAGAUUGGGUAGCAACAUUUCAUAUUGGGUGCCUACAGUGGCAAAAUGGUGAAGAGAUGGGACUAAGAUGUGAUGGAGAGGUUGAGGCUUUCUUGGCUGCUAACUAAGGAGUUGGCGGGUAUCGUAUUUGCUCUUGUUGUCCAGGUCCAUUCUAUGUUUCACGACAUUAUAAGAACGAACCUCCAAGUUUGCAGCAACAAGUUCAGCUAGUUCCCUUUCAUCCUGGAGGACCCAGAAGAUGCAACCAGUCCAAUGUCCGCUUCGUAUGGUAACAGAAGUCGUGACGAGGACCAUAACCUACGCCAGCGCCCGCAUCAAGAUGAAAGAGGGAAUCGAGGCUUCGCACGGAAAGCUUCCUCAUCACCUUUAUGCUGGCUUCCGUAGUUCCAUUCCCUUCACCGUCCAAACAUAUGUUCGAGCCAUGAUCACCCAUCUCCUCCAGCACAAGAUGUCGUGCGACCUCCCAGUCUGGGCUCAAAGCCGCUACCCGUGGUUCAUCUGAUAUAUCAUGAACGAAAAGGCUGUGCAUUGGCACCUCCACACUGAAGCAGAACGUUUGGAUGUGAUGUUACGUGCAAGUAUCUUGAUGCGUUAGGCACGGGUAGAGGCAUGAGAGGAAUGAAGCUGAAUCAUAUCGACCCCUCUCAUCCUUCUCAAUAACGUCAAAUUUCUGAACUUGCCCCGUUUACGGUGAUUCGUUUGCACUCAUCAUAUACUGGCGGUACGAAAUUGGGCAGGGAGUUGAAGCUACCACCAUGGCUUGACUCUCGCGAUCAGGGUCCAAAUGAGCGAACAAAAAGGUGUUAUGCACGAGACGACCAUCUAAAGGGGUUUUUAGAAGCUCUGCCUAGUGACUGAACUUGUUGGGGCCCUCUAUAACAACAAGGGAGAUGGCAGGAAGUGGUAUAAAGGUCACUCACUGUCUUAAAUUGCGUGCGGUGUUGAAUCAACAUGAGAUCGGAGCUGGACAAGUAGAAGCCGUGAUGAAGAAUGCAUGCGUUUCAAGUGUCCAUUUCCGGCUAUGGAAGCACCUAGAUGAUCUAGUCUUGUUCAAAGUAUAAAAACGGACUUGGCAGCUGCAUGAUACUGCUACGAGUCGUGACCGUUCCAGGCUGCCACAAGACAAGCCAUUCGGUGUCAAAUUAUCAAAUGUUUUACUGUCCACUCAUCCCAAGAAUAGCAACUCAGCAGCCACGUCCCAAGGGGAGUGACGCCCAACCGCCGAUCUCUGGCUUGAUUGUGGCGGGGAUAAAGACACGUCUAGAUCUCCCCACCUUCGGAGAUGAUUUUAGACUGUGACAAAGGCCAGCCUACCGUGAAUGGUCGCUGAAAAUGCAAGUUAUUGUGCCCCUUUCCCCAUCUUAUCACAUUGCGUGGCUUCGAACGACUCUAGCCGGCCAAUGAGCCGUAUCGUGUGCUAGUUGUUUUCGAGACUAAUAAAUGGCAUGUCUCAACAUUUUCGAGGAGAUGACGGAUAUGUUCCGCCUCCGAAUGCAUUUUCUUGGUAGAGGCAAUGGUCUCAACCACGAUGCAUUUGAAGAUUAGCUUUGCGUCUCUAGUAUAAGAUAUCAGCCGCGUGGGGAAACAGGCAGCAUGUCAGGGAUCUCACGGGAUUAUUCAGAAAUGACAGGGGGCUACUAUUCAAAGCAGGUGUUGACAGGGCCUCUAAUCCCUACCAUGUGCUAGCAUGUGUAUGUAUGCAGAUUCUCGUUUGCCAUCGGUACGGAUGAGCUUCUCCAACUCGAGUCGGCGGGCCGCAGCAUAAUGCUUGCGGUUCUGGAUCAUCAUGGUUGUGCUUAAAGGGAUACCAUCGGAACUAUUGUGGGAUUGUAAUCGGGCUUCAUAUGAUUCCAGGCUUCUCUCAGUUAAUAGCAGUGGCUGGGUGGAACGAACGAAUCGUCAAUGCAUGCGAAUCUGCAGAGUGGUAUGAGUCGAUUUUACUGACUCCUCCAAAGGUUCCUGUGCUUCCCAAGCUGCCUCUUCAUACUGGUGGAGUCUUCAUGUCAGCGUGGCCAGGUUUUCCGACUCGCUAUAGGACCCCUGGCUCUUAUCAAUUGUCCUUUGAUUCAUUGAUGUGAGGGACAAUAACUGUCUAUGUCCUUGACGGCGUUCAAUCAAAGAUACUCCAAGUGUCAAGGAGAUAUCCUAUGCCUUGAUUACUAUAAGCUUCUUGGUGACCCUGAUAGGUAUGCCUCGACAUCGGAUUUCUGUCAUCGCCCAUCGGCAUUUGGUCCAAGUUGACUCUGUUUGUUUUAUCGAAUGAAUGCUUUCUGUCUUGGGAAUAUGAGGUAACAAAAAGCUCCUGAAGGUGCCUAUGACGUUGUCAAUGAGUCUGAAGUAGGUGUCGGUCUCCUUCUAUCUCUGUCAUGAACUAAUAGUAUAUAUCUGUAUUCAUCUUUCACGCUAAUGCUGAGCGGCUUAUAUGAGAGGUUUUGUGAAGUAGUUGUGUGACUGCACAUGGAAACAGCAUUAAUCUGAUAUGAAGGUAACUAAUCUGAGGUAAAGUGAUCAUGCUCCAUAUAUUCACGAAUGGAUCUCAAUCAGAAGUAUGGGCUGUUUUCCUUCAAUGCCCAGGUGGAUCCGUCAACAACACCGGCAGUUGAGUUGGUGAAUGGGAAGAGAGCCUCCCUGGUAGCUUGGGUCGAGCUCGGCUACACAUUGAAAUUUCAAUUCGGUUACAGAGCUCCAGGAGGCUAUCUGUAGGUCUUUACGCGCAAAGUUCUCCCACGAACCACCGUGGAAGCGGAACUCCUUGCCGGUGAUGUCGUCUCAAUUAGUCUUUUUGAAUACUUGUGCUGUAUGAAGCACCCCUGUCCGGGGAUGACGGGCGCACCCCUUCUUUGCAUCUUGGCUGUGCCUGGAAAUGGCGGACCCUGGUCCAGCCGGACACACAGUCCCAGUGUCCCACAACGGCUGGUAGUCGCUCGAGUUGAGUGUGGGCUCACAUCCCUGACCGACAUUCCAGACAUGGGUCGGUAGGAACCAACGAAGGACGUAACUCCAGUAAAGAGAUUGAAGGUGCAAAGACUCGUCAGAUAAAGUCGUUGGUGCGCGCGACAUUGUAUCAUAGCUAUCGUUGGUCUGGUCGUAUACGAUUCCGAGAUGGGGAUUGUGGAAGAUAGGGGUGACUCAACUAUUCUGUGGCGUGUAAUGGUGUUCUUGCUCAUUAGGGAUCUUCGAAAAUAGCCCAGUAUGUCUGCUACCAUAGCCCUCGGUUUGUAAGUUACAUAGGUGUUUGCAGUCUGGUUCAUAAAUCCCGAGAUUGUGCCAGGAUAUGAUUUUAAGCCCUGAGCCCAGAUCAAUCUUGAACGGUAGGGCUGCGAGGAUGGCUCCAGACAUCGUCAAGAGUUUCGUGGGUUAGCUUGCGGCGACAACUAGGCACAGCACCUCUGGGCCCAUGAUCGCACAUCGUGGAUGGCAAUACCGGGUCAGGGUCUGUGACAGCCUUGUGCAUGUUGACAGGUGGUGCCCAUCAAACACAAACCAAGCCCAUGACGAACGAGUGUCAAGAAAUCGCGGAUCUAUGAAAGGCCCCGGCCAGAUCUGACGAUAGCGACAGGCAGGGCUCAGAUAACUAAUUGUAUGAGGCUGCUGAAUUGGAGCGCGUGAGCAGGCACGAUGUGCAAUGGCUUUGAGGGAAUGAUAUGCAUUCAUCAAAUACACCCAAAUACAAUGAAGAUGCGUAUUCAGGCUGCAACUCCGAGGUGGGCUGAGUGUGAAGCCAACUUCCAUCCUGAUAUCCUUCGGCUGUGCCUCGGAGCGCAGCGGGGAACACGGGUUCAGUGGCGGUAAUGUCGUUGCACUGUUUCUUGGACUCCAAUCAUGGACUGCAAUGCAAUAGUGAUCAUAUUGUUUUCGACAGUUGCUUCAGUGGACUAAUACCACAGGGAGUAUGGGACCACACAAGUCAGUGCAGUAAGUUACUUUGCAUCCUCUUUGAGGAUGCCAAAAUCGACACUAGAGCAAAGUGAGAAGGUCCCUUGAACUGCAGACUCGACAUCAAGCAUGUAACGCGAUGGCCGAGGUUG